AUGAGGACCUCUCUGACCCGCUCCAUGAGGAGGCACAGCAGGAGGCCCCCAGGAGGCCCCACAGAGCCUGCAGAGGGGUGGGGGCUGACAUCAGAUCCCAUUAUCUGCAUAAGGAGAUUGGACAUGGCUGAGACACAGACACAGGGCUCAUCCCGGGACAUGGGCGCUCCCCAGGGACCGGGCACAGGCCACACGGGCGCUGCUCCAAUCCCCAUGACCAGGAAUGAUCCAGAACCAGGACUGAAGCCCAGCGGAAUCCCAAGCAGAGCAGUGGAGGAGAAGGGGCCGCAGAGCAAGGGUCCGGGUCCAGAUUCACGCUGCUACUCCGCAGGACUACUCCUUCAUGAGAGCCACCAAGUACCCCUUGAAGGCCCCCUGGGACUGGGAGCCCCCUGGACAUUGCAGACAACCACAGACCGUUGUCUUUUCUGGUACAGCUUGACGUCACGUGACAGUGAGAAGUUUCUGAGGCCAGUCCCACCCUCACCGGUGACACGAAUGGGGUGA